AUGUUUUCUCAUCGCUUCUUCCGGUUCGUCUUGUGCGCUAUUGCCCUCCUCGUUACUCACGCCUCAGCCUACGCACCUUCUAACGACACAUCUGUCGACGAUCAAGUCUCUUGCGUGUAUCCCAUGAGCGGACAGUACGGCGUCCUCCCUCGGGUACUCUUCUACGUAUCUCUCAUCUUUGCCGUCUGCGGGCAGCAUUUUGAGUGGCUUGUCAUCGGCGCCCUUGCCUCAGCCAUGACCUUCAGCGCCACGACAGCGAUCCACAUCUUUAUCAUCUUUGCAACUCACUGGCGGAACCCACCCAUCCUGGACCUCGACUCACUAAGCAUUGCUUUAAUAGCCAUGGUGAGCGUGACCAUGUUCCUAGCUUUCAUUUGCUUCUCGUCGACAUUGCGUAAGAACCUGGCAGGGGUGGCAGUCGUUAAGUUCUGGUUUAUCACUAUGAUCAUCACCGGAACUCUAGCCUUAUUUCUCGUCAACGACGCAGGUGGUCCCCCACAGAAUAGCAAUGCAGAGGUGGCAUGCUUCUUGCCAGACAAGACCCUACUCACAGGCCUUGCGCAACUUAAUGGAAGGCAAAACCUCGAAUGCAUAUAUGACUGCUUUCUCACACGCGGAUCCGUACUGAAGCCUCAAGAGGCGGCUACGGUUAUCUGGGGGGCUCCUGUGAACGGCGCGCUUGGUGAUUGGGGCCUAACAAUUUACAAGACGUUUUAUGAGCGAUAUGAGGCGGCAAGCGACGAGCCGCAAAUGCGAUCUGGGUAUGGCCCCGCAUCCGAUAAGGAGGGAUAUGCAUUGAUAGGGGUAUGUGUUAGCAUCGGGUCAGUCGUGUGGGUACCACUUGUGAUUAUGAUCGAGUGGUCGAUGCGAAACAUCCCUGUUGAAGAGAACCCUAAUGCCGUUGGGCAGUGGGGGCCUUGGGUGGCUGCUCUUUUUGCGAUCAUAGGGUCGGUCAUACACCGGUAUUUUGAGCCCGAAGACAGGAAGGAGCGCAGAAAGACUCGGUGGGCAGCUCCUAAUGAGACAGUCGCCAAUUCCCCGAUAAAUGAUAUGCCUUCUAGUGAAGGAGCUGAGCGUAGUUACGACAUGGAUAACUUGAGCCGGGCACGGAAGAACGACUAUACACCUUCAUCGGAUGAGGAUUUCUCGUACACAGGGAGUGAUGAUGAUGCAUACAUGCAGCCAACACAGAGACACUAUCUAGGGGAAGAAACUGCCCGUUAUGGACGGUCAGGCGAUGACAGGACCCGCUCAGCGUCCACGAGGAGCGAUGCCACAUACAUGAACCAGGGAGGGAGAUUCUACACUGCGGGAGGUCGCUCAACGUCUUGGAGGAACAGUGCCAACCAGAGGGAGAGACUCUACACAGUGAGCGACCGCUCAAUGUCAAGGAGUAACAAUGACGCCUACGUGCACGAGGAGGAAGCCGACAUCGGCACCUACGGAAGGGGUAACUCUACGUCUGUAGAAGAGAGACCACCAAUAGGCAAACCUUGGCCACUAUAG